CAUGGCCGCGCACAUGCUACGUCGGUUCUGUACUAUUUCGUCACGUGCUUUCUUUAAACACCCCAGAACGAUAAAUAACAUAGCAUACUUUGGAACAGGGUCUUGUUUUAGAAAUUCACAAAAUGCUAAUUCUAAGCUUAAAAUUAUGCUACCACCCGAGUUGUCGGGAUCGAAAACAGUUCGAAAUAUUCAUAAGGAAAUUUCACCUUUAACGACCAAAAGAGUGAGGAGGAGAGCCUCAAAAGAAGGGCAAGAAAAAAAGGAGGAGUUUUACGAUGUCUACGCUUUUGCAACUGCUCAAGAAUAUCGCUUGGAAUACCUUAAAGAUGGUUUAGAAGAACAAGGUUUGUACGAAGUAAAGCCACUUCCUUCGGAUGUUGAAGAUGCUUUGCACGUCACCGCUAAAUAUCUUGUUGGAAAUGAAGUUAGAGAGAUGUACUUGUUUAGAGAAGGGAGUGUUGUCUUUUGGAACAUGGCUGAAGUAGAGAGAAAUGCUGUUUUGAAAUUUCUGGCACAAUAUCAAGACCAUUCGUACGAUUACAUUCUAAUGCAUCAAGAAAGUGAACAAUUUGAAUAUUCAUUCACAAAUCAGCCAACAAAACUAAGUGGCAAUUGCCUAUAUUUAGAAAAGGAAUCAAAAGAAGAUCAGUUGGAAAAGUAUACUUUUUCUAAUGCCUUGUCAGCAUCCGUAAAAUUGGCUAUAUGGGAAGCAUCUUUAGAAAAAUACAUUGACUCAAUAGAGUUUAUUCUCAAAGAUAUGAAAGCGGGUAAACGGUUAAGAAUAACAAGAGAAGAGCAAUUACGAAAGACUGGAGAAUUAUAUACACUGAAACAUUACAUUAAUUUAACAUCCGAUUUACUAGAUACACCCGAUUUUUAUUGGGAUAGAGAAACCUUGGAAAAACUUUAUGUAAGAACUGGCAAUUAUUUAAAUGUUCCCAAAAGAACAAGAGUUAUUAAUGAAAAAUUAAGUCAUUGUUCGGAUUUAGCAGAGUUACUUAUAAAUUAUUUAAAUGACAAACACUCUUCCCGAUUAGAAUGGUUUAUAAUUUGGUUAAUUGCAAUAGAAGUCGGAUUUGAAAGUUUUAAAUUGCUUAAUUGA